AUGCCGAAAGAGCAAACUGAAGAAAGGACACCGAUCCUGGGCACCAAGGGGGCUUCCGGAGACGCCACUUCCGUAUACAAGCGCAGGUGGUACAUCGUCCUUGUAUUCUCCAUUGGAACCUUUAUACAGGCGUGUGCCUGGAACAGCUGGGGUCCGAUUACGGCGUCAGCCGAGGCGGUGUUUGGUUGGCAUGACAGCCAGAUCGGAAUGCUGGCUAACGAUGCCAAUAUAGGGUACAUGGUGACCGUCCUUCUCUUCUGCUACUUCAUGGAUGUUAAAGGUUUACGGAUCUCGACCCUGAUUUGUGCGGUGCUGCUGUUUGUCGGCGCAGCAAUCCGAUGUAUCACGAUGGAACCCACCGUAAUGACAGUGUGUUCCCCUAUAGCAUCGGUUCUUUUCGGCAUAGGCAGUACGGUACUGUUCGCUGGUCCCCCGAAGUUCUCAUCCGUCUGGUUCCCGCCUGAACAACGCACUUUUGCAACCGCCAUUGUUUCCUUCGCCAACUACUUUGGCAACGCCAUGGGUUUCAUCAUCGGCCCUUUGAUGGUUUCAAGUCCAACAACGGUGUGUGAAAAUUCCACCCAUUUAAACAGUACCCUGGAACUGGCGGACAUCGCGACCACGAUGCCAGCUAUCAACAUCUCAAACACCAGCUGUGUAACAGUUUGUGUCAACAAAAGUGAUCUCAUCGUCGAAAUCCGUCAUCUGAUGUAUGUACACGCGGGUAUCGCAGCACUUUUCCUAGUUAUGGUGAUCGUCUACUUCCCGGAUAAACCUCCCAAGCCUCCCAGUAACACCGCCUCCAUGGAGCGGACCGAGUGGCUCAAGGGACUCCGCAUGUUGGCAAAGAACUCUUCAUUCUGGCUGGUGGUGUUUGCUAGUAUGAUUUCGAAUGGUGUACUCGGCCAAUGGGUCACUGUUCUCUACAUCAACCUGAAGACAUACGGAAUCACGCAGAACCAAGCUGGUUACAUGGGGUUCUGGCAGACAUUAGUCGGGUGUACGGCCGGACUGGUCAUCGCAUGGUUCUCUGACAUGUUCAUGCGGCGAAUGAAGCUAAUUUUGCUGUUCCUUUUUCUGGCUGCAACCCUCGCCACAUUUUGGUUUACAGCCAUCUGUGAGAAAUACAUUCCCUUCGAUAUCACAUCUCUCUACACAUCAUGUAUCCUUAUCGGCGUGUUUAUUAACGGUGGCGUCCCAUUGUUCUACGAGAUCACGUGCGAGGCGUCCUACCCGGUGGCAGAGGGCGUUACUGGUGGAGUCAUGACGCUUGUCAAUGGCAUUUUUGGCAUUCUCUUUCUCUUCGUUAUGUAUAUCAAAGAUAUAGGAACUAACUGGAUGAAUUGGGCUUUGCUCGGGUCACACUUGGCCGCGUUGCCGCUCCUUGCACUGUUCACCGAGCGCUACCGUCGCACUGACCUUGAUCUUACUGUUGCCAAGCGGUCUUCUUCGGUUUCUGGGGACGUGCAGGUUGACAGGUGA